GCUCAAGCUUCUUCCCUUUCACUGUCUUUCUUUUAGUGCCUACACUGUCCUUGCCUCAGCCCCAUAAAGCCUUGGCAAGUGAGUCAUUGCCUUCUAGCCAUGGGAACAUGUGCGGACUCAAGUCUCUCCAUUUCAGCAGGGCCAGUGCUGGCUACUCCUUGUUGCUUGCAUGUUCAGCUCACCAUUUGCUCCUUUUUGAGCCUUCUCUUAUAGUCUCUGCUGCUACAUUUUGGACAGCUGCAGGCGAGUCCUUGCUAAGCUUGCCCCAUUCUCUAGUCGAAGUUGUGACAAAUGCUCACUUCACAAACAGGAUUUGAAUGUGGAAUUCCAAGAAAUAAUAAAUUUGACGCCAAAUGUCUGGCAUAUUCUAGCCGAGGGUGGGUUCUUGAAGCUAGUUAAGGACCCCAUUGACUUCAAAUGGAUUGGAGCACAGAGUUUUCAGUAUUGGCUCCACUUGUUCAUGUUGCUGCCAGCUCCGAAAUGAAAUCCAAUGCUGAAACUGAAGGUGCAGGGCUGCAGGCCUUAACGAUGUAACAACGUCUGUUUCAAGUUGGUUUACAUUGCUCAUUAUAUGGAUCUUUCUUGUCAAGUGUAUGCUCCGCUAGCUAAUUAAAGAAAAGAUGGAUAAAGGCAUAUAUAGCCAUAUGAGGGGUGGAGUUAGCAACAACCUUCGUAUUAUGCUCUUGUGAUUCUGCCUUAAAAUCAAAUGAAUAGAUGUGAAAUGCUAAACAUAGUAAAGGUGAAGAUCAGUA